AUGGUCCGGCCAGGGCGUCAUGGAGUUGUAAGCUGCACCGCAGCGCGGCAUAGGUGCGCCAGGCGUCGGAUGUGGAAGCCGAGGCGAGACAGCCACGCCGGCGGUCUGGAACUGGGUCGAUGGAGGCGCCACGCUCGGGAUGGGUUCCCGAGGAGGGAGGCUCAGGUGUUGUGUUCAGGCUUGCGUCUGUGUCUCAGCCGUGGCCACGGAGGGUCCUGCAGGCAGCUGGAGCUCAACCCGAACGGCUUCCACGAAAGAGGUAAUACAGUGCAGGAGAAUGUAUUGAAGCGCGUUCUUGUCACGCCCAUGCGGGAGGGGCGCGAUGCACACGAUGACGCCCUCUGA